AUGACAUUCUCUGGACUCUCUUCUCUGAUCUUGGCUCUCGGCGCUGUGCAGCUCUCGAAUGCUGCCUCGAUUAAGCGUGCUACAUGCGCAGAUGGCAACACUGUCACUAAUGCUGCUUGCUGCGUCUUGUUCCCAAUUUUGGAGGACAUCCAGACCAACCUCUUCGACGGUGGAGAGUGCGGUGAAGAGGUUCAUGAGUCACUCCGUCUGACUUUCCACGACGCUAUUGGGUUCUCUCCCAGCCGAGGUGGUGGAGGAGCUGAUGGCUCCUUGAUCACCUUCAGCGAGAUCGAAACUCCAUUCCAUGCGAACCUUGGUAUCGACGAAAUCGUCGAAGCUCAGAAGCCUUUCGUCGCGAAGCAUAACAUCUCAGCAGGUGACUUCAUCCAGUUCGCUGGAGCUGUUGGUGUUAGUAACUGCCCUGGCGCUCCGCGACUACAAUUCUUCCUGGGUCGCCCCGACGCCGUAGCUCCAGCGCCAGACCUGACGGUUCCUGAGCCAUUUGACUCGGUGGACAGCAUCCUUGCGAGGUUUGCUGACGCUGGCUUCUCGCCUGCUGAAGUCGUUGCCUUGUUGGCUUCUCACACCAUCGCUGCCGCCGACAAUGUUGACCCAACGGUAUUCACUGACAGAACGCCAUUCGACUCGACUCCUUCAGUUUUCGAUUCCCAGUUCUUCGUUGAGACCCAGCUCCGCGGGACAAGCUUCCCAGGUACUGCCGGAAACCAGGGCGAAGUUGAAUCUCCCCUUCGAGGAGAGAUGCGGCUUCAGUCUGACUCCGAGGUAUAUCCCAGAACCGCAUGCGAAUGGCAGUCGUUUGUCAACAAUCAAUCCAAGUUGCAAUCUGCGUUUAAGGCCGCGAUGUUGAAACUGUCUUUGGUCGCCCAGGACAAGAGCAAGCUGGUCGACUGUUCUGACGUGAUCCCUGUUCCUCCAACACUGAACGCAGCCGCACAUUUCCCAGCUGGACUUACCAAGAAUGACGUCGAGCAAGCCUGCGCUGCUACUCCUUUCCCCGCUUUGACUACUGACCCUGGUCCAGUCACUGCCGUCCCGCCCGUGUGA